AUGUCUCCCGACAGAGGUGCUAGUAUUGAGGACCCCCCUCCUCCGUAUCCACCCUCCUCCGAGGAAGAGUCCGGAGACGAUGUCAAGUAUCUUCCGGAAGGCCGUCAUUUCACACUCCGAGGUGUUGCUGCUGGUCUGCUUGUCGGACUGAUAAUAUGUUUCAGCAACAUGUACUUUGGUUUGCAGACCGGUUGGAUUUCCAUGAUGACCAUGCCUUCUAGUUUACUAGGUUUCGGACUCUUCAAGGCUCUAUCGCGUCGUCUGUCCUUCCCAUUCUCUCCUGUAGAAAAUGUCCUCGUCCAGUCCGUGGCCGGUGGCAUGGCAAUUAUGCCUCUCGGUUGUGGAUUUGUAGGUGUGAUUCCGGCUAUGGAGUACUUAUUGAAACCCUCGGAACAAGGGCCGAUACAUCUGAGCAUGUGGAAGCUAAUUAUUUGGUCUCUGGGUCUGUGUUACUUUGGCGUAGUCUUCGCCGUUCCUUUGCGACGUCAAGUGAUUAUCAGAGAACAACUGAAAUUCCCGAGUGGAUUCAGUACUGCUGUCUUAAUUGGAGUCCUUCAUGGUAGGGGACAAAACCAAAAUGGUGGUGCACUCGAUACGUCAAAGGCUGCAACGUUUGGGAGCUUAGCACUUGAUAGUAGACCACUUCUACGAGCCGAAGGAAGUGGUGAAGAUGAGACCGCCGAUCCAACCGAUGAACCCCCACGCGUUGAGACAAUAAAACAAUAUAGUUGGCGUUCUAAUAUCCGUCUGCUUUUGAUCACUUUCGGGGUAUCCGGAUUCUACACUCUAUUGACUUACUUCUUUCCCGUUCUCAGAAACCUCCCCAUCUUCGGAACCAUGGCAGCCGACACAUGGCUUUGGACUUUGAACCCAAGUUUCGCAUACGUCGGUCAAGGUAUCAUUAUGGGACCGUCUACAACAAUACAUAUGCUCGUUGGGGCUGUUGUUGGGUGGGGGAUUCUAUCACCUCUUGCUAAAUAUCGAGGUUGGGCACCGGGUUCGAUCAAUGAUUGGGAAACUGGCAGCAAGGGUUGGAUUGUCUGGACAUCUCUCGCUAUCAUGCUAGCAGAUGCAGUUGUCAGUCUGGGUUAUAUUGCCUUUAACCCUAUUAUUAAACGUGGACCAUCAUUUCUUGCGACGGUUAAGCAACGAUUUCAGCAAGACGGGCUGAAGGGCCUUUUAACUCGCAAACCCGUUGGUUAUGUAGCUGUCCGGGCUAGCGAGGAUGAUUCGAGACCCUUGGCUGGACCACGAAGCUCUGAGGAUAUUGAUAGCCUUCCAAGCCCAAUACUUGAACGUAGGAAUCCCUUCAAUACUGAGCCAAUUGGUUCCAAAAGAGCUUGGGAUGAAGACGAUGCCCCACCUGAUCAAUUGGUUGGGGAUAAGACUGUCAGCAUCGGCCUCGUUAUAUCGGUUCUCUUUUGCAUCGCCAGCAUACAUAUCACAUUCGGCGACCUAGUUCCCCUAUACGCAACCGUUAUAGCUGUUUUUAUGGCAAUGAUAUUGAGCAUUAUGGGAGUUCGAGCAUUGGGUGAGACGGAUCUCAACCCAGUUUCCGGAAUUAGCAAACUAGCACAGCUUUUCUUCGCCCUCAUUAUUCCACAGACCCACAAGUCGAGUGUCCUCAUCAACUUGGUAGCCGGCGCCGUCUCUGAAGCUGGCGCAUUGCAAGCUGGUGAUCUAAUGCAGGAUCUAAAAACAGGCCAUCUACUAGGAGCAGCACCUAAAGCACAGUUCUGGGGUCAAAUCAUCGGCGCGACUGUGGGGGCCGUCGUUAGCGCACUAAUCUAUAGACUGUAUACUGCCGUUUAUGAGGUUCCCGGAGAUCUGUUCCAGGUACCAACCGGAUUUGUGUGGAUCUUCACCGCGAGGUUGGUUACCGGAAAGGGGCUCCCUUAUAUGGCCAGGGAGUUCGCUAUCGGUGGUGCAGUCAUAUUCGCCUUUUUCACGGCCUUGCGGACGAAGGCAAUUGGAAAGAGCUGGCACGCUUAUAUCCCCGGCGGAAUCGCUGUAGCAGUUGGAAUGUACAAUGUUCCAUCCUUCACCUUGGCAAGGACAAUAGGCGGGCUUCUAAAUUGGUACUGGAGGGUACACCUACGAAAAGAGGAUACACCCCUCAUCGUUGUCGCAUCAGGCUUCAUCCUGGGAGAAGGUUUCUUGAGUAUCGUCAACUUGCUACUGCAGAGCUCUCAAGUUCCCCACCUCUGA